AUGGAGAUGGAGAAAGUGAAGAUAGAAGAAAUCCAGUCCACCACUAUGAAACAGAGGAUCGCUACUCAUACUCAUAUCAAAGGCCUUGGCCUCGAGCCAACGGGAAUACCUAUACCAGUAGCGGCUGGAUUCGUGGGUCAGCUUGAGGCUAGAGAGGCAGCUGGUCUUGUUGUCGACAUGGUCAAGCAGAAGAAAAUGGCUGGCAAGGCUCUUUUGUUUGCUGGACCUCCCGGAACUGGUAAAACUGCUUUGGCUCUUGGAAUAGCUCAAGAGCUGGGAAGUAAGGUUCCCUUCCGUCCAAUGGUUGGAUCUGAGGUUUACUCAUCAGAGGUUAAGAAAACUGAGAUUCUCAUGGAGAAUUUUAGACGUGCCAUUGGCCUACGUAUCAAGGAAAUCAAAGAGGUCUUCGAAGGAGAGGUCACGGAGCUGUCCCCAGAAGAAAGUGUUAAGGAAGGUCGUGGUAAAUUCAGCCAUGUUAUCAUUGGGCUCAAGACAGUCAAAGGAACUAAACGACUUACGUUGGAUCCCACUAUCUACAUCGCUUUGACUCAGGAGAAGGUAGCUGUUGGAGAUGUUAUAUACAUUGAAGCAAACAGUGGAGCUGUCAAGCGGGUUGGUAGAAGUGAUGCUUUUGCUACUGAAUUCGAUCUGGAAGCCGAAGAAUAUGUUCCACUUCCGAAAGGAGAGGUUAAGAAAAAGAAAGAGAUUGUGCAGGAUAUCACGCUUCAAGAUCUGGAUGCAGCAAAUGCUCAACCUCAAGGUGGCAAGGACAUACUUUCUUUGAUGGGUCCAAUGAUGAAACCCCGGAAGACUGAGAUCACUGAUAAGCUGCGGCAAGAAAUUAACGAGGUCGUGAACCGUUAUAUAGAUGAAGGUGUUGCAGAGCUUGUUCCAGGAGUUCUAUUUAUCGACGAGAUUAUAGCCGUUCGUGCACAAGUGGAAGAGCUAACAAUGGAUGAAGAAUGCUUGGUCCUGCUCGAGGACAUUGCGCAAAGAACAUCCUUAAGGCAUGCGGUUCAGCUUCUGUCUCCUGCCAGCAUCGUGGCGAAAAUGAAUGGGCGUGACAGUAUCUGCAAGGAUGAUAUAGAGGAAGUAACAUCACUCUACAUGGAUGCCAAUUCUUCAGCAAAGCUUUUGCACGAGCAACAAGAAAAAUACAUCUCAUGAGAAACAUUUUAUUCAGUACAGCCAAGAAGAAAAGACAAACACUAAUCAAAUGUUUUAUCAAAAGAUUUCAUAUUCCGGUUACUGCGUCUCUUAACUAUUUUGUAAUCCCUAAGACAUGAAUGAAUCUUAAUCUUAAUGGGAUAGAAUUGGUUUGGACCAAGCAGUGUUUCGAGUGUUAUCUUUGGUUGUUUGUGCAAAUAUUCUGUUAGUUUAACCGAUACUCG